UUAUCUUUCGUGAAUGGUGCUCAGUUAAGAAGGACUCUCUCAAGCCUUUGAGCUUUGUCAACCUUCACAAACCUGUAUUUUUGAGAGUUUCUUUCACUUCACUUCUUGUAGCAUUAUGUUAUCUAUCUCGUUUUUACUUUUUAGUAAAAAAAUCUUAGUAAAAAGACAAAUGCGUUCAAUACAAAGCACUGUUUGAUAGGGAUAUUAUCAAAUGGGCCGAAAUGGCUUAUAACGUGAGACUGAAAGUCAACGGAAUUUUACUAUAAAUAGAUUACAACCCCCAUUAAGUAGUAUCACCCAAGUUUCUGAAAACAGUAGAGAAACACUUAUUUAAGCAUACAAAGAAAAGAAAGCAAAAGCUAAAGAAAUGGCAAAGAACCUCAAUUUCAUCUGCACCACUCUUCUGCUCGUUCUCUUGUUCAUUUCGGCCGAGAUCCCGAAGACUGAGGCUAAUUGUGAUACGUAUUUAGGCGAAGCCACAGUGUCUUACCCAUGUGGGAGGGAAAGAGAGUGUGAAGCCAAAUGCUAUGAGCAUUACCCGCACUCAUGUAGAGGAGAGUGUGAGCAUCAUGACCACGUAGUGCAUACCCACGAAGAAGAGCAUUGCCACUGCUACGGUCGUUGAAAUAUUUUACAAAUGAACUCGUAUCCAAUAACAAAUAAGAUUGUAUCUCUAUAAUGUAAGUGUGGUUUCGUUCCAAUGUAAGGGUAUGUGUGUAAGUUGUUUGUUUCUGUUAAAAACAGUAGGACGAAGCUAAUGGCGGCUUCUCUCUACGUCUAUAAUAAGAUCAUCUUGUAUGCGUUGCUUUUAAUAAUAAAAUUGUUUUGUGAUUUGUCUA